UCGAGGUCGCGCCGGCGCUCGUGGUCCAGGCGGUCGCGCUCCAGGGAGAAGCGGCGCCGGCGGCGUUCCGGCAGCUCCGGGCGCUCGCGGCGCAAGGAGAAACACCGCGGGGAGAAGAAGAAGAAGAAGCAGCGCUCGAGGUCCAGGGAGCGGCGAGGCUCCCGGCGCGACGGCGAGGGCAAGGCGGCGGAGAAGAGCGAGGCGGCGCGGCGGCGCGAGCCGCGGGCCGUGGUGCCGCCCUCGGUGCAGGAGCUGAACGACUCGGAUCUUUUCGCCAUCAAGAGAACCAUCACGGUGAACCGGCGCGCCGCCGGCACGCCCGAGCCCAAACGGGAGGUGCUCUACGAUUCCGAAGGGUUGAGCUUCGAGGGCUUCUCCGACCGCGAGCACGCCGAGUUCCCCGGCCGCAAAAGCGAGGCCAGGCCGGCGCCGCCGGAGCCCGGCAAGAAGGAGAAGGAGAGGAAACGGAGCCGCGCCGAGGAGAGGCCGGCGGGGAGGGAGAAAUACAAGAAGAAAUUCAAGGAUUACGCCGAGCCCGCCGCGGCCGAGGCCGGGAAAAGCAAGGAGAAGCAGCGGGAGAAAAGCGGGCGGAAAGGGAAAACGGGCGGGGGGCACAAGGAAGGGGCGGAAACGGCGGCGCCGAAAACGCCGCCGGCGCCGGCGGUGCCCAGGAAGGUGAAGCUUCAAUCCAAGGUGUCGGUGCUGAUCCGGGAGGGCGUCAGCUCCACCACCACCCCCGGCAAGGACGGCGGCGGCGCCGGGAUCGGGGUGAAAUUCGCCCGCGACGCCGAGAGCCGCGCGGCGUUCCUGAAAGCCGAGGAGAAGGCGGAGAAAGCGACCCCCAAAAGCGACGGGGGGCAAGCUCGCGACGCGGCGGCGAAACCCCGCAAGGCGAAGCCCCCCAAGGCCAAGGCGGGGGUGAAGAAGGUCAAGGUCAAAGCCAAGGGCGAGACGCGCAAGAAGAGGAAGGCCAAGGUGAAGGGCGGCGGCGGCGGCGCUUUGAAGAAAUCCAAAGCCGACAGCUGCAGCCAAAGCGCCGCGACCCCUCCUCACCGCCCGCCCCCCAAACCCGACCCCGCCUGGUCCGGCUCGGAAAAAUCCGCCGGGGGCAGCACCCCGAAACCCCCCAGCCCCCCUCGCGCGGCCGCCGGCGCCCCCAAACCCGCGCCGGCG